AUCUUUUCAUUUUCCUUCCCAGAGUACCAUUUUGCAAGAAAAGAGGAGGGUCUCCCUCACAGAAUAAAAUAAAAUAGAAGAGGGUCUGAUACAAAUAUCAAUUCCUUAUUUCUAGUCCAAACUAUAGUCUCACUCUUUUCUCUCAAAUUAUCAUCAAAAUCACACUCAAAAAUCAAAAUGUCCGAAUCGCCACCAUCAACACCACCACAAACACAGCCACAAACACAACCACAACCAUCAACACCUCCACAACAACUCAAACAAUCGCAAGAAUCCGACACUCAAAACCCUAACCCUAAUCCUAACUGUACCUCCAUUUCUGAAGACCCACCUCAAAAUCCUGCACCUUCAACCACAGAAACUCUAAACCCACCUCCCGAAAACCCAAUUGAUCAACAAAUUCAAGCCGAACAUGAAAAACCCCAAAUUAUAGUUGAAGAUCACGAACAACAGGACAACCCAUAUCCGGAAACCGAAAAUCCUGAAUCAGAAGGUAUGACCGUCUCUUUCUCUCCUCUCUCUCAUAAUACUAUUGCGCACGAAAUUAAGGGUAACAACAACCCUCCUUCUUCUUCGGUGCGUCGUACAUCAAAGCGUAAGAAGGUUGGAAAAAGUCAUGUUAGUAAGGUUGCUUUUGAGAGAAAAAUGCAGCAAUUGUCUCAAGGUUUUAAUCCUAUUGCUUUUGUUCCUGGGAAAGUCCUCGAUUUUUCGCGGUACGAAGAUUUGUUGAAGAAGUUGGGUUUGUGGGAUUUUGCUAAUGUUGAAUUUGAUAGGAAUAUUAGGGUUGAUUUGAUUGGAAAGCUCAUUGUGAAUUACAUGCCGAAAGUUCGACGUAGUAGUGUCGAUGAUGUUAAAAUUAGUGUUAGUCGGGCUGAUUUGGCGAGGGCAUUGAAGUUACCCUUGCCAAAAAAAAUUGAAUGCGAUGUCGAGAGUUUUCCUGCUGAUUUUUUGUGUUUCCUUGAGGAGUUUGUGUCGAAUUGGAUGUUGUUGCAUGAGGAUAUUUGGUGUACGCCGACUGAGAUUGUGAACUGGAUGAAAUUGAUACGAGAGGGGAAUCCUCCGAAGGUUGAUUGGGCUGGGCUGGUUUGGUUUAUGGUGGAGAAGGAGUUGGCGCAACGAGCUAGCUUGAAGGACUGUUAUUACGCCUCGCAUUUGCAGCAGUUGAUCAAGGUGCAGAAGGAGGAGCUGUUUAGGGAAAUUCCAAACGUGGAUUUGGAGAAGUCGAUUGUGGAAGUGGAGAUGUCGAAGGAGGCUGUUGCUGUGGAAGAUGAUGAAGAUGACAGUGAUGUGAAAAUGAUGGAUUUUGAGGAAUCGGGUAAUGCUAGACAGAAGGUAGAGGAGCAAAAUGUUGAACUGAGGCUUGGCCAAGAGUGUUAUGCUCAGGUUGAAAAUGCUGGCGACGCUGAUAAAGUGGAAAAGGAUAGUGAUUGUCAUGUGGAUGAAUUGAAGGAGGUUGAGGAUGUUGAUAAAGAGGAAGGAGUGGAUGAUAUUCAGAAUUCUGUGAGUAUUGAUGAGGUUGACAAUGUGGAAAAUACUGAGAGUGCUGAACAUGGUUAUAAUGCUGAAAGUCCCAUGGAGGAGAAUAAGGAUUUGCAAAUGAUGGAUUUUAGGGAUUACAAGGUGGAGGAACAAGGCCAGGAGCAGUGGCUUUUGGAUGGUAAAGUUGGAGGGCAGCACUUUAUUCAGCGUUGUAGUAUGGCUGAGGUGACGGUUUCUGAGGACAGAAGACUUGAGGGUAUUGGUGAUGAUGUUGAACAUGAAGAUAUUGAAAACAUUGAAGAUAGCGGACACGUAGAAGGGUUUAAAAUCCUGCCAAAAGGUCCCUUAGAUGGUAUGGCUUCUGCAAAUCUCAUGCAAGCUUUUGAAACAGGGCAGCUGCCUUAUUCAUCUAAUGAAUUCGGGGGCCAGUCUUCUUUGGAGCUCAUGUCAUCCAGACCUGAGAACAAUAUGAUAUUGGGUGGACCUUCCAUGUUUAAUCAUACUGUAAAAAGAGAAAUCGACCAUGAGCAGGACAUUUCUCAUCAUGGACUGAAUGAUAAUCAUAAGAGGAUGCGAGUUGAUGGCAGUUGGGAUAAUAAAUCUUCUCAAUUUGAUAUCUGCAUAGAGCAAAUACAACACUGGAAUGAGAAAGCGAAGAUUUGCCAUAUGGCUGCCAUGGAUGAUACUUAUCAACAAGCACGUAUGAGUCAACACAUAUUCCAGCAGCAGUUGGCAGUAAAGGAUAAUGAGAUUGAGCAGCUGACAUACAAGCUUCAUGAUCUACAGAGUAAACAAGUUGAAAUCGAUCGUCUUGAUAGGGAGCUUUAUCUGAUGAGCAGUGUAAUAGAUGGUUACAGAAAGGCUUUAAAACAAAGCCAGAGGACAUUUGCUGAUUAUCGAAAGCGCUGUCAAGUACCCGAUGAACCAAUAUAUAGAGAUGCUGGUCUUGGUGGUGUUGUGAAAAGCGUUAUGGAAUUGGAGAGAGAGCGGUUGAAGCAAGAGGAAGAAAACAAGAUGAUGCGCAAUUUUAUCGAGGAAGCAUUUAGGAAAACUCUGAAUGAUUGUGAAGCAAAAUGGGACGGCGAGGUCUUGGCAAAGGUUCAGUCUCAUCAUAGCAGGCUUGUGGCUGCUGUAAAGGAAAUGGGACUAUUCAAAGAUCAUCUUAUCAAGCAUACGACGACAGCAAAUGUUCAGAGUGAACCACAAUCUCCUGUGGAGGGAUGAUAACUUUGUUCCAUGAUGUAAAAAAGUAUUUGUCGUCUCUGUUGCUUCGACACCUUAAUGUACUUCAGGGUCGCGUGUCGGACGUGAAACGGGCAUUUGGAUACUUCAUCCCAAACCAAAAUCUUGACAUUUUUCUGCGGAAUGGCGGAGUCCGACACCCGGACACUUGAAUCCGAGUAGACACUUUAUCUGAUCUGAGUAACACUGUCACCUUGUUUGCUCUCAAGUCUCAGGGACGCAUCUACAGCUCCUCCUGGUUUAAAGCCCUGGCAAGCUAAACAAAUGUAAAGCUACCUGAUCCUUUUGCAGCCUCUACCUGACAGUAUCUUUCCAGCUUUCCCAAUUAUGUUGAAUUGGCUUUAUUUUAUUGUGAGAAUUUGAUUUCUAACUUCCUAUCUUUAGUCUAUUGAAGAGCAUUAAAAUAGUUUGUGGUUGUUUAUGUUGUGAUCUUGACAUUUAAACUAAGUGGCAAUAUUGCUGAUGCCACUUACAAAUUCUUCAGCUGGCUGUGGCGAAGCCUAUAACUGUCUCUUCUCCUGGUAUGUGGAAACAUAUGAUUUGACUGCUCGUUGCUUUGUGUAUCUUACUUGGCCAUUUAGGUGUAAUUACAAAGCAUCCUGCAAAUUUAGGGUAAGACUAACAUUAUUCAGAAAGGUAUAGUCAAGUUUUCCUUACAUUGCUAUCUCCCACGUCAGACUGUUGUUUUGCUAGUUUACUGUGCGGGUUUGUAAACUUGCACUCUGUUUGAACAUACUAUCUGAAUGGUGUUUUUUCCCCUGUAUAUUAUGAAUUUGUUUACCAGUUUGAGAUUUGGCUUUUGGGUCUGUGCUUUGGCUAGAGAUGACAUUAACCCUAUUUUGGAACCAUUACUUCUUUCAAACAUAUCCUUGUAUUCUGGAUGGGAUGAUGUUAAUACUACUGGGAUGUGGGUGCUUCAACUAACUUUCAUUUGGACGUGAUAGAAUCAUCUAUGUGACAAGGAGAAACCAGAGGAAAAUCUUUACAUUACUUUGUACAAAGAAUGCUUCUGACAUGAAGUAUUACAAUAUACCAGAAGAAAUCGUUCUCUUUUAACCUAUAAGUUGCUCAUUAUCGUUAACCCUGUUGUCGGGUGGUGGGGGCUGAGCAGUUGUAGGUGGUAAUGAUGAUGAUGAAGGUGGUGGAACGAUGCUUUCCGUCUUGUUGAGGUUCUGUUGGUAAUAUACUUGUCUCAACCUCUCGAUUUCUCGCUUCAUUGCUUCUUGAUGAGCUGCAAUUUAUUGGAGCAAAUAUAUAUCAGUAACAAUGCAAAGUUAGGAACUUUUAGUGGUCAAUUCCUUAAAAGAAAAAACACUUGAACUUACCAUCUUUGAAUAUUUUAUCUUGGGCAAGAGCUGCAAUUUUGGCUUUGAGAGUGCUGUUGUCCACGUUUAGAAUCAUGCGUUGGUGAUCUAAGAAUGCAACUCUUGGAGACAAUGCUGAUACCUCACUCUAUUAUGGCAGCAAAAAUAAGCCAAAUUUUGAAAAAGUUGAAAAGAAAGAAAGACCAAAAUUAGUACAGAUUUGUAAUUUUCGACUACUAAUAUAGAAAUUGCAGUAGAUGAAUGAGAAUGAGAGAAUGGGGGAAAAUACUAACUUGUAAAGCAGUAACACUGCGUUCAAGCUCGGAUAUAUAUUGUAGCUUCCUCACUCUUGAUCUUUGA